CGCCGGCAGGUGCGGGCCGGGGGCCCGCGCCGGGGCGGGGGGCCGCAGUCGCCGCCAAGGGCGGCAGACGAGGACCUGCCCGGCCGGCCGCCCCAUGCCUGCCGCGCCCAGCAGCCCGGCCCGCCGGGAGGGAUGCGCGGUGCCGCCCGGUUCUCCUCAGCCCUGCGCGUGCCCUGAAGCAGAAAGUUUGGAGGCCGGGGGCUGUCUUCCUCCUCCCGCUCCAAUGACUGCCCAAGGACUCCUGCUGCCCAGCCUCGACUGUGACCUGCCUUCGCUCCCCGGGUGGCGAUGAACUAUUCCAAGCUGUAACCAAGGCUCCCCGCUCCUCGCCCUUCCCUCACCCUCCCUUGAAAAGGUUUAUUUUUUCAAUUCAAGAGAUUGUGAUCCGCUCGACUCCCCUCCUCGUUAAUAAUUUAGACCCCGAGCCUCGUUUCUGAGUGUAAGAGGGGGUGCGGUCUCCCUCCAGGACGGCGCGCUGGAAGGACAGAUUCCCCUUGCCGACCCAUCUACACCAUGAAGAGGUGCAAAUCGGACGAGCUGCAGCAACAGCAGGGCGAGGAGGAUGGAGCCGGGCUGGAAGAUGCUGCUUGCCACCUGCCGGGUGCGGACAUCCGGCCUGGGGAGGCCGCGGGUGCUAACUCUGCUGGCGGGCCAACUUCGGAUGCGGGCGCUGCCGCGGCGCCCAACCCGGGUCCCCGAAGCAAGCCUCCCGAUUUAAAGAAAAUCCAGCAGCUCUCAGAGGGCUCCAUGUUUGGCCACGGCCUGAAGCACCUGUUCCACAGCCGCCGCCGGUCGCGGGAAAGGGAGCACCCGUCGUCUCAGGACCCCCAGCAGCAGCAGCAGGGCAUGUCCGACCACGAGUCCCCGGACGAGAAGGAGCGCUCCCCAGAGAUGCACCGCGUGUCCUACGCCAUGUCCCUGCACGACCUGCCCGCCCGGCCCACCGCCUUCAACCGCGUGCUGCAGCAGAUCCGUGCGCGGCCCUCCAUCAAGCGGGGCGCCAGCCUGCACGGCGGCGGCGGGGGCGGCAGCCGGCGCGCCAAGAGCAGCUCCCUGGAGCCGCAGCGCGGCAGCCCCCACCUGCUGCGCAAGGCCCCCCAGGACAGCGGCCUGGCCGCCAUCCUGCACCAGCACCAGGGCCGCCCCCGCUCCUCCUCCACCACCGACACGGCCCUGCUGCUCCCCGACGGCGGCUCUCUCCUGGCGGAGGAGGCCGAGGGUCUCGGUGACAAGGUCGACAAGGGGGACUUCCUGGCCCUGAACCUUGCUGGCGGCCCCGGCCAUGGUGACGCCGAUGGCCCCAUCAGCUUGGACGUGCCGGACGGGGCCCCGGACCCCCAGCGGACCAAGGCGGCCAUCGAGCACCUGCACCAGAAGAUCCUGAAGAUCACGGAGCAGAUCAAGAUCGAGCAAGAGGCGCGGGACGACAACGUGGCGGAGUACCUGAAGCUGGCCAACAACGCCGACAAGCAGCAGGCAUCCCGCAUCAAGCAGGUGUUCGAGAAGAAGAACCAGAAGUCGGCGCAGACCAUCGCCCAGCUGCACAAGAAGCUGGAGCACUACCGCCGGCGCCUGAGGGAGAUCGAGCAGAACGGGCCGUCGCGGCAGCCCAAGGACGUGCUGCGGGACAUGCAGCAGGGCCUCAAGGACGUGGGCGCCAACGUGCGCGCGGGCAUCAGCGGCUUCGGGGGCGGCGUGGUGGAGGGCGUCAAGGGCAGCCUCUCGGGCCUCUCGCAGGCCACGCACUCCGCUGUGGUAUCCAAGCCCCGGGAGUUCGCCAGCCUCAUCCGGAACAAGUUUGGCAGCGCCGAUAACAUCGCGCACCUGAAGGACCCCCUGGACGACGGGCCUCCCGAGGAGGCGGCCCGGGCGCUGAGCGGCAGCGCCACGCUCGUGUCCAGCCCCAAGUACGCCAGCGACGACGAGUGCUCCAGCGCCAGCGCCAGCUCGGCGGGUGCGGGCAGCAACUCUGGGGCUGGGCCCGCUGCCGCCGCGCCGGGGAGCCCCAAAUCCGGCCAGCUGUACGGGGCCCCUGGCAACGUGGACGCUGUGCUGGAAGAGCUGCGGGAGAUCAAGGAGGGCCAGUCACACCUAGAGGACUCAAUGGAGGACCUGAAGGCGCAGCUGCAGAGGGACUACACCUACAUGACCCAGUGCCUGCAGGAGGAGCGCUACAGGUACGAACGGCUGGAGGAACAGCUCAAUGACCUGACCGAACUUCACCAGAAUGAGAUGACCAACCUGAAGCAGGAGCUGGCCAGCAUGGAGGAGAAGGUGGCCUACCAGUCCUACGAGAGGGCCCGGGACAUCCAGGAGGCCGUGGAGUCCUGCCUGACCCGGGUCACCAAGCUGGAGCUCCAGCAGCAGCAGCAGCAGGUGGUGCAGCUGGAGGGCGUGGAGAACGCCAAUGCGCGGGCCCUGCUGGGCAAGUUCAUCAACGUGAUCCUGGCGCUCAUGGCCGUGCUGCUGGUGUUCGUGUCCACCGUCGCCAGCUUCAUCACACCGCUCAUGAAGACCCGCCUGCGCGUCUCCAGUACCGCCCUCCUGGCCCUCGUCCUCCUCCUGCUCUGGAAGCACUGGGACUCCCUCACCUACCUCCUAGAGCACGUGCUGCUGCCCAGCUGAGGGCCCCGUGCUCCCCCCAGCUCCCCGCUGGCCCCUGCUGCUCCAGGGGGGACCCUGGGGCUCCUGGGUCUGUGGGGCGUCUUCACGUGUCCAGUUUGACCUCCUGCCCAAACUGUCUGUCCUGGCGACUUCUGCCCCCUUCUCUGUGUGUGCUUCUUCUGUCUGAUGCCUUUUCCUUGUUGGGCUGAAGGGAGCGUUGAGUGUAGCCCCCGCAGGAGGUUGGGGAGAUGCCUGUGGCCACGCGGAGCUAAGGACCCGGAUGGACUGUUUACAGUCACAGCAGAACUUAUCCCAGCAGACUCCUGGGGUCAGGAAGGCCGAAGAGAGCUUUCCUGGGGGGGAGCCCACGCUGGAGACAGCUCUAGCCCCGGCUCGUGGAGAUGGUCGGGAUGAAGGCAGGAGUACGGGUGGCCUCCCUGGCCCAGGAGGCUCCCCAGCUCACCCCUCCCUCCUCCAGAGCUGGGUCCUGGGUGGGGCCUUUCUGGGAUCUGAGGAUGCCGGCUCUGUAGGCCGGGCAGGUGCGGCUUUGUGAUUGUGUUUUCCCUCUUCCUCUCUCUCUGCUGGUCACUGGAUCUGCUCUUCAGGGAAGGCGCCCCCGGGGGCCCCAAGCCUCAGCCCACACUCUUAGGGCUUUAUUUAUUUAUUUAUUUGUUCCUUGGUACCUUGUCCUGAGCUCCAGGGAGAGGUCCCCUGCCCGCCUCCCGGGUGCCCUCUCUGAAGCCAGGGCCACGUCUUGGCCAUCGGCACUUCCGUCAGUUUAGCUCUGGGUGGUCCCGGCUGGGGUGGGGCUGGCCUCUUUUAUACGUGUUUAUUUUCUAUGUGUGUCCUUGCGUGGGGGAGGUCGUUGUGGCUGUAUUUUUUAAGGCUCUGGAGUGUUGUGUGUGGUUUCUCUCCACAUCCCAGUCUCCCCAGGGGCACUUCCGAGAAGAGAGGGGAUCUCUCACCAAAGGAGAGAGAACCUCCUGGAAACAGGGGAGGGGAGUGCCUGCCAGUUGCUGUGGACCUUCCCGAGAAAUAAAUCCUCCAGAUUUUCAAACCA